GGAAGGAAAAAAAAUCAAUAUUUUCACCUUUGAUCUUUGUGAGAGACUUAUUGUAAAGUCCGUCUUUCCACUCUCACCACCCAUUCCCUUUUCUACCGGAUCCACUUUCCCCCCACCAUUUUCAUUCCUCCAUUCACACAAUCACACCAAAUCAAAUUCAAUGUAUUCCAUGCUUACAUUCUUUGUGGCGGCCACUGUUGCUGCCCUUGUUGCUAUCAUCUUCUCCCUCCAAACCCCUUUUCUCAAGCUCGAACAGGUCUUUGCGCCGCCGCACAUUCCUGGAACCCACGAUUAUCUUCGUUCCGCCAACGUUAUUCCUCUCACUGGAGCAAUCGGACCGGAGAGUUUGAUUUUUGACCAGAAUGGUGAAGGUCCCUACACUGGGGUUGCUGAUGGCCGGAUUCUCAAGUGGCAAGGUGAUGGCCGUGGCUGGACUGAUUUCGCUGUUACUAGCUCUCAGAGGAGUGAGUGUGUUCGCCCAUUUGCACCUGAAUUGGAGCAUGUUUGUGGGAGGCCAUUAGGACUGCGUUUUGAUAAGACAACUGGAGAUCUCUACAUCGCUGAUGCCUAUCUCGGUCUUCAUGUUGUGGGACCUAGUGGAGGUUUGGCAACAAAACUUGUAAGUGAAUUUGAAGGCAAGCCACUUCGUUUCACAAAUGAUCUUGAUAUUGAUGAGGACAACGAUAUCAUAUACUUUACUGACAGUAGUACAGUUUUCCAAAGAAGACAGUUCAUGGCGUCGAUAUUGAGCGGAGAUAGUACGGGAAGGUUAUUUAAGUAUCAUCGAGCUAGUAAGCAAGUUACGGUUUUAUUACAAGGCCUUGCAUUUGCCAAUGGUAUUGCAUUAAGCAAAGACCAUUCCUACGUGCUUGUGGUUGAGUCUACCUCUGGCAGGAUUCUCAGAUUUUGGCUUCAAGGUACUGAAGCAGGAAAUUUUGAUGUUCUUGCUCGGCUUCCAGGCUUUCCUGACAACAUUAGAAGGAAUCCGAAAGGUGAAUAUUGGGUUGCUUUGCAUUCGAAAAAGGGAAUUAUUGGGAACUUGGUUACUUCAACAUCUUGGUUUGGGAAACUUCUGUUGAAGCUUCCAAUUGAUUUCAAGCGAUUGCAUGGGUUGUUGGUGGGAGGGAAGGCCCAUGCAACUGCUAUUAGGUUGAGUGAGGAAGGAGAGGUUUUGGAGGUUUUAGAAGAUUGUGAAGGAAACACUUUGAAGUUCAUUAGUGAAGUUGAAGAGAAGGAUGGAAAACUGUGGUUCGGAUCGGUUUUAAUGCCGUUCAUUGGUGUUUAUGAAUAAAAAUAGGCUUGUUUUCCUAAGCUAUUUCUCGAAACACGAUUCGAGUAGAUAGUAAUUUUCACUCUCGCUUCUUCUUCCUCUUGUAAUUUUAGUUUUUUCCCUUUUUGAAAUAGAUAAACUUUCACGUAGAAGAUCAUAAAAAUGGCUUUGGAAGAAAGCUGGAGCUCUCUUGGUGAUCUAACUUCUGGUUAAUAUAUUAAUGGAUUUUGAAACUUUCUUCA